UAACAGGGAUUUGGAUUAGAGGACACAGUAUGGGAACAGUACACUGUCACGUUACACAAGGAUCCAAAAAAAGGAUUGUGGCAUUUGCUGUUUCUGGAAGGAGAGACAACCCACAUUUUAAUAAUGGGGGCAACUCCAUUGUAAUUUCAGAUUCAAUGCUUCUAGGAGGGACCUGCAGAUGGUUGCCUACAAGAGAACGACCGUGUUCUUAUGGUAAAUGGAACCCCUUUGGAGAAUGUGCCUCAUUCAUUUGCAGUUCAGCAACUAAGAAAAUGUGGGAAAACAGCUGUCCUGGUAGUAAGAAGACCACGAAGGGUGCAAAUGGUUGUCCCAAGCAAAUCUGAGCCUGCUUUGGAUAUGAUGGAUGACUAUACAGAAUUUGAAAACAGAACAGCUUACACUGCAUAUAGUGACAGAAGUGUAGAUCCAAACCCAGGCUAUAGAAGAGACCAGGAAAGGGGCCCUUAUUAUGAAAAAGAUCAACGAGGAUAUGGAGCCCGUGCAAAAAGUGUCGACCAAGAUCUUAAUGUUGAUUAUGGACCUCGACAAGAAUAUAGUCGUGGCAGAAGUAUGGAGCGAGGCCUUGAUGAUGAACAGAAUUAUCGAAGAGACCACAGCCGUGGCAGAAGUAUAGACCGUGGUCUGGAUGAGGACCGUGGGUACAGAAGGGAAAGAAGUCGAGGCAGGAGUCUUGACCGAGACUUGGAUGACCCACGAAGCUAUGGAAGGGAUAACAGUCGUGGAAGGACCUUGGAUAGAGAUGACCACUAUGAUAGAAAUGCACAGUACAGCCCAGACAAAGGUUAUGGCAGAAGGGCUUCUCCUGACCGCAGAUAUGAUAAAGAAAUGCAGAAAAGUCGAGAUAGACUUCAGUCUCAUAGCCCAUCUCCUUCAGACACAUCGACAAGUGUCCUUUUAACAAAGAAAAAGCCUAAUGAAGAAUAUGGGCUUCGGCUUGGAAGUCAAAUUUACAUUAAGGGAUUGACGAGCACUGGUUUGGCAGCAAAAGAUGGGAAUUUGCAUGAAGGGGAUAUUGUUCUCAAGAUCAAUGGUAUUUUGACUGAGAACAUGUCUUUAACUGAAGCCCAGGCUUUGAUCGAGAAAUCGCGUGGAAAGCUUCAGCUGGUGGUUCUGAGAGACAAAAAGCAGACUCUGAUCAACCUGCCUUAUGUCGAGGACAGUGAUUCGGAAAUGGAAGAUGAUCCUCCUUAUUCAAACAGAAGAAGAAAUCCAAGGUCCAAAGAGCAGUGA